AAAAGAUCAAGGCGCCUAAUUAACCGACCUUCUAUCACAAAGCUUAUUAUUAGCAAUGGCGUUUCAUCCUUGACCAACUCGCACCCUGUAAAUCGAAUCCCAUUUGGCACAAUCUCAUUCGCAUACAACUCCAAUCAACAGCCCCACCUGCCCAUUUUCCCUCGCUAAUCGAUCGGACCAUGGAUUCUCUGCAUGCGUUUGUGUAGCUUUUUCUAUAUUCUAUUUCUAUCCACACGCACAACAUCGUGAGCUCCGCCCCAUAUGAUGGAGUGGUGUACGGUGGAGCUUCUUGUAUAAUUGAUUAAUGGCGGCUAACAGAAAAGCAUUGGAGGGUUUCUCGAAAGGGCUGAUGGCGGAAGUCCGGAGAUGGGGUUCCAUGAAACAGACCGGCGUUAGCCUUCGCUACAUGAUGGAGUUCGGGUCCCGACCCACGACCCGGAAUCUCCUCAUCUCUGCUCAGUUUCUCCAUAAGGAGCUCCCUAUUCGGAUCGCGCGUCGGGCUAUUGAGCUCGACUCGCUCCCCUGUGGCCUGUCCCUUAAACCCGCCGUUUUGAAAGUGCGAGAUUGGUAUUUGGAUUCUUUCCGCGACCUUAGGUCCUUCCCAGGUAUUAAAGAUAACAAUGACGAGGUGGAGUUUACACAAAUGAUUAAGAUGGUUAAAGUUAGGCACAACAAUGUGGUCCCUAUGAUGGCUUUAGGAGUGCAACAGUUGAAGAAUGAUCUGGAUCCUAAAAUCAAUUACCUGGACCUGGCUGAAAUUCAUCAAUUUCUGGAUCGGUUUUAUAUGUCUAGAAUUGGUAUCCGCAUGCUCAUCGGACAACAUGUGGCGCUCCAUGACCCAAAUCCUCCUCCUGAUUGUGUUGGAUAUAUACACACAAAAAUGUCCCCAGUUGAGGUUGCAAGAAGUGCUAGUGAGGAUGCUCGUUUUAUUUGUCAGAGAGAGUAUGGCAGUGCACCGGAUAUCAAGAUCUAUGGAGACCCUAAUUUUACAUUUCCCUAUGUGCCGACACACUUGCAUUUGAUGGUGUUUGAGUUGGUUAAGAAUUCAUUGCGUGCUGUUCAAGAACAAUUUAUGGACUCAGACAAGGUUGCUCCUCCUAUCCGGAUAGUAGUUGCUGAUGGCAUGGAGGACGUAACAAUUAAGGCAAGGCUCCGAAACUUUUCUCUGUGACGUGUGAUGAAGAAGUGUCAUAUGUGUCUUACUUACGAUUAUCUAACUAUGCAUGCUGGUAUGGGUUUUCACUAUCCAACUACGAGCUAAUAGUAUGAGCUUCCUUAGAUUUCUGAUGAAGGAGGGGGAAUACCGAGAAGCGGUCUUCCAAAAAUAUUUACAUAUCUCUACAGUACUGCAAAAAACCCUCUCGAUGAGCAGUCAAGCACUGACCUUGAAACACCGACAACCAUGGCAGGAUAUGGCUGUGGUCUUCCCAUAAGCCGUUUGUAUGCUAGGUAUUUUGGAGGGGAUCUGCAAAUUAUCUCCAUGGAAGGAUAUGGAACAGAUGCUUACCUUCACUUGUCUCGAUUGGGUGAUUCUCAAGAACCUCUCUCAUGAAGGCUUCAAACCUAUUUGUCAAUGAGUCAUGUGGGGCUUUUGCUUCUGUAAAUUCUUCUACCAUAAAGUACUUAAAUGGAAUAUGUUGCUACUGGCAAUUUAUGAAGCAGCUUUUUUUGGCUGAUCUGAAAUGUUCAUGUAUAAUAAGUCACAUAGGAGAAGAACAGUAGCCUCUUAGGUUAGCUAAUUCGUAUUUUUGUUAUCAACACUGAUGUUUGUAAUUGCAUAUAAUGGCCAAGAGUUGACCAUAAGGCACUUGGAAAGCAACUAACAUUAAGGAGUGGCAUUAUCACCUUUAUAUUGUGAACAAGGAACAAAAUUGAGCACUAAGAAUUAAGGAACCAAAUUGAGCAUUAAGAAUUGGAGUUUCAUGCGCAUCAA